AUGAAGACUUUAGUUAUCAAACAGUAUUUAAUACAUCAUAUUUCUUAUUUAUUUUUUUUAUUUUCCUUUUAUUCCCUUUUCUUCUCUUUCCCUUUUCUCUUCAUUUGUUUUCUCUUUUCUUUUUUCUCAUUUCUUUUUCCUUUUCCUCUUCAUUCUAUUCUCUUUCCUUUUCCUCUUCAUUCUUUUCCCCUUCGUUCUUUUCUCUUUACCUCCUUCGUUCUUUUCUCUUUUUUCCUCUUCGUUCUUUUCUCUUUUUUCCUCUUCGUUCUUUUCUCUUUUUUCCUCUUCAUUCUUUUCUCUUUUCCUCUUUGUUCUUUUCUCUUCAUUUCUUUUUCUUUCUUUCCUUUUCCUUUCUUUUUCUUUUCAUUUCUUUUUCCUUUCCCUUUUUUGUUUUUUCUUCAUUUAUUUUUCACUUUUUUCUUCAUUUCUUUUUCUCUUCAUUUUUCUUUCUUUUCUCUUGAUUUCUUUUUCUCUUUUCAUUUCUUUCUCUUUCUUUUUCUUUUCAUUUCUUUCUCUUUCUUUUCCUUUUCAUUUCUUUCUCUUUCUUUUCCUUUUCAUUUCUUUCUCUUUCUCUUUCUUUUUCUUUUCAUUUCUUUCUUUUUCUUUUUGUUUCUUUUCUUUCUUUUCAUUUCUUUUUCUCUUUUCAUUUCUUUUAUUCUUUUUAUUUCUUUUUCUCUUUUUAUUUCUUUUCAUUUCUUUUUCUUUCCUUUUUCUCUUUUUAUUUCUUUUUCUUUCCUUUUUCUCUUUAUUUCUCUUUCCCUUUCCCUCUUCAUUUGGCUAUUUACACUAUGA